CCACAGACCCUUCGAGCCUGAAGCUGUGUGGCUAGGCAUCUUGGCACACCUCCGUCUCUGUUGUCGUCUCCCAAAUCCUUCCUCGUCUGCUUGAGAGAAUCCGUCCAGAGAUAAUCAAUAGCCCCCGGUGAAUAGGCCCCAGAUUCACUCUGCAAGCUUUUCAACACCAUAAUGGCCAUCUUCAGACGCACCAAGUCUGAAAAGUCCACCGCCCAAAACAACGCAUUCGACGAGGUCCCCCCAGGCUACAAAAAAUCCAAACCGACAGUCCUCCGCGCAUGCACAGUAACAAUCUAUCUUCUGGCCACCAUAUUCCUCAUCCUGGUCGAGAUAGGCAACAUCAACAACAAUCCAGUCAUCCGCUCGACCUAUUUUCUUAAAAUCGACUUGGCAAACAUCAUCCCCGCGUCGGUCCCCAAUGCAGUCUUCAUCAACAGCAUAGCCCAAUCCAUCGGCCUCCACGACUUCUAUCAAGUUGGUCUGUGGAACUUUUGCGAAGGAUACAACGGCGAAGGAAUCACGUAUUGCUCUCCGACCAAGACGCUGUACUGGUUCAACCCCGUCGAAAUCAUCCUGGAUGAGCUUCUGGCGGGGGCAUCCAUCACCCUGCCCAGCGAGGUCGUCAACGUCCUCGACCUCGUCCGGCUCGCCUCCGCAUGGAUGUUCUCCUGCUUCCUCAUCGGCACAUGCCUGUCAUUUCUCUGCAUUUUUGUCUCUCCUUUGGGCUUUUCCCAGAGACCCCGAUGGCAGCACAAGGCGAAACGGAUCUUCCUGCGUCAGUUUCCCGUCUCGAUACUGACGCUGGCGGCUCUGCUCUUCACCGCCGUGGCAUCUCUCAUUGCGACCAUCAUGUUCCUCAUUUUCCGCGACAAGUUUUCCGGGGCCGCGGACCUGAAUAUCCACGCGAGCUUGGGGAAGCCGAUGCUCGCGUUCAUGUGGAUCGCCACGGGUCUCAAUUUGAUUGGAUUCCUGAUGCAGCUGGGCACCUGCUGCGGGGUCUGCUGUUGUACGGGGAGGAAGAGGGCCGUCAGACGGAGUCAAAUGUACGAGGCUGGACGAGAGGAGGCCGAUAAUAAUACCGAGGAGAAGACGGUGCAGGAAGGAGAGGGGAGCAGUGCAACAGCGGGAGAGUCUUCCGGUAGUUUCCCCGCAUUCAGAAGGAGCAGACGAGGCUGAUGGCGGUCGUUCGCUUCACUGUCGUCUCCAUUCUCAAGACGGCACACGCUGGCCAGCAUUGCAAAACCAAGCUCGUCCUUGAUGUUGCAGGAGGCUGUUAAGCAGAGCGAUCGCCAGACGUCCUCCGUGGAUGAAACGUCCAUCAGACGUCCGUACUUUAAGUCAUGGUCCUCCAUCUCUGCCUCCUUCGCACCGAGCCUACGAACCUCCUGCGGUUCUCCACA